GUCUUUUGACAUAUUGCUUGUUAUCCUUGUUAUGCUUUAAAGCAAAAUAUUUACAAUAAUCGUGAAUUGUAAAUGAGUUUAAUUGGGAAUCAAUGCGACUCCAUCUAACAACUGCCUAUCGAUGGAUACAGUGUUAAGCAAAAAGUUGCUAGGAUUUCGCCAAAUCGCACAGGAAAAGCUACAGCACAUUCUCUACUCGAUUCCACUGGACAAAGACUUGGUAAUAGAGCCAGCAUUGAUCAAACCGCUCGAACACAUUGUCGGUGCAUCUUGGCUUAAGAAAAAAGGUAUCGAUAAAAUCUACAAAUUCGACCCGAAAAAUGCUCCACCGAAACGGAAACAGUUUCUCUACUUCCUCAGCUCUGAUCUGUUAGUGUUCAAAAAUGCACUAGACCAGAUCAGUAGCUAUCAAAGUCAAACCUCAACGAGCCUGCUAGUGGCUGAAGCGGACAAAGGCAACAAACAAUACCACGUUAUCGUGUUUCCUUUGGUUCUGGCCAGCUUCGAACAGCUGUUAGAGGAGGAGGGACUUUACGGGUCCGUGGAAUUGUACAGCUUCCAAUGGGAUUUUAUAGCAUUUGACCAGGGUUUGCUCAGCCUGGAGCUGCCGAACGUGUUUGCAGAUGUUUUCGUGCGGCAGGAUUGUUCUCUGCUUGGUUCAAUCGCGCAAAGUCUCAGAAUAUUUCAGAUGGUGAUGGGACGGCCGAAUUUGUUGUUCAGUUUGGGUUGUAAUGCAGAGAAAAUAUCGCAAAUGAUGCAAAUAAUUGACUCCGACCGGAAAGAAAAAAGUGGCGCAGGGAAACAAACCUCCGAUUUCAGUAUUAUGUUAAUUGUUGAUCGUGAUCGGGACUAUCCUUCGUGUUUGUUGACGCCGGUUGUUUACGCAGGUUUACUGUUAGAGAUACAUAAAUUCAACGCAGGAUCGUUAACGGUCGAUUCAACUGGAAACAAGAUAAAAAAUGGUAAAUUAGCUUUCCUUCAAAGCGACGAUGAAAAGAAGACCAAGCUACAAACUACGCAUCUAAUGAUGAAUGGGACGAAUGAUUUAAUCUACCAGGAGAACCGAUAUCGUCAUUUUUCAGAAGUGAUCGGACUUUUGAGCUCCCAGGCGAGAGCGCUUGGUUUGGAGGGCAAGAUGUACUCGAAGGAUAUGAAACUAUCGGAGAUGAAAGACUACGUUACCAAUAAGCUACCGAAGGUGGCCGCCCAGAAGAAAGAACUUUUUAAACAUUUGCUCUUGUGCGAAACAAUUGUUGAAGAAAUAGGAGGAAACUUUGAAAAAUUGCAACUAAUUGAAGAAAGCAUUCUGACCAACACGAAUAGAAAGCAAAUUUUAACAUAUAUAGACGAACAACUGGCGGCAGAUGCACACAAGUUCAACACCUUACGGUUGAUUUGUCUCUAUCAUGUCACUAUCGGGCUAACCAGCGAAGAUAUCACGAAAUUGAUGACCGCUUACCUAAAUGCCUUUGGUUAUCCGCUGUUAACGGUUUUUAAUAACCUCCACCAGGCGAAACUAUUUCCUGACACGACAAAUUUAACAAAAACGAAAAUUUUAUCCCAAAUAUCCAUACCUAUACUAAAAUCUCCGUUUCAAAUCGAAGCUAAUAAGCUGAAACUUCUGCCAGCUGAUCCAGUACAGGGUCCUGAAUCAGUUGGAACCGCAAGCAGUCAAACUACGGGGGGUAGCACAGCCAAGAAACACUGUCCUAGCUAUGUUUUUAACGGAAACUACAUUCCACUGAUUGCUCAGCUUUGCCAGAUCAUCCUCGGUGGUAACAGUUUCGAGGAUUUGUACAAUCGUCUCGGACAUCUCGAACGACUUAAGCUGGGCGGCCAAAAUUUCGUCCCCAAGACGCUUCGGGAACUUUCGAUUACCAGUGCCAAGGGUGAGAUUAACGCGCUGCUACCACUGAAGGGAAAAACAAUGUUCGUGUUCGUUGUUGGUGGACUUAGCUAUGCUGAGGUAGCUGCUUGCCAGCUGGUGGAAAAAUUGACUGGUGGUAAAAUUGUACUAGCCUCGGAUUCCGUUCAGUCGGGAUGCGAUAUAAUUGAAAGUAUUGUUGGAUGUUAGCAACGCUGAUUGGAGUGAUGACAAUGAAAGUACAUAUAUAUUCUUCAAUGAUUAAUUUACUAUUUUAUCAGCGAUCGCUAGAAUCAUAAAUUUUUAUUUUAGGUAAUUACCAAGAGAAUUUGAAUUCAUUUGUUGUGAGAAUGAAUAAAAAGUUAAUGACCGUGUUCGACACGUCAGCAUGUUAUUCAUGUAAGAUUUUAAAA